AUGGCUAGAGGUGGUGCUGUUACUGGUCGUGGUCGUGGACGCGGACGUGGUCGUGGACGCGGAUGUGGUAGGGGUAGAGUCCCAGAGAUGGCUAGAGGUGGUGCUGUUACUGGUCGUGGUCGUGGACGCGGACGUGGUCGUGGACGCGGAUGUGGUAGGGGUAGAGUCCCAGAGAUUGAUUAUCGGGGUUUGAACCGGGUUACUGUGAAGAACAAGUACCCUCUUCCCAGGAUCGAUGAGUUGUUGGAUCAGUUGAGGGGUGCUACUUGGUUCUCUAAGGUAGAUCUGGCGUCGGGUUAUCAUCAGAUACCGAUAGAUGAGGCAGAUGUGAGGAAGACUGCUUUCAGGACGAGGUAUGGGCACUAUGAGUUUGUGGUUAUGCCUUUCGGGUUGACUAACGCGCCAGCAGCGUUUAUGAGAUUGAUGAACAGUGUGUUUCAGGAGUUUCUGGAUGUAUCUGUCAUCAUUUUCAUCGACGAUAUCCUGGUUUAUUCUAAGAGUCCUGAGGAGCAUGCAGUGCAUUUGAGGGCAGUUAUGGAGAAGCUGCGGGAGCAGAAGUUGUUUGCCAAG